UUCCGUGUUGCAAGUCAGCCGACGCUUCCAGUCGCAUGCAGAGCUCUGAGGGCGGUUCCGACACUUCUCCCAGCGUGGCAGCGUUGCGGACGUCAUCAUCAGCCCAGGCGCCUGUGGUACAACCUGUCCCAGCCUCCCAACAGAGAGCGCUGGUACAAGCCACAGGCUCAGUUCAGAAGGGAGGACAAGUACAGCAGCUUUCAGUAUCCAGGGCUCAACAGGUUUCUCCGCAGGUCCAGCAGUCACAGCAUGUCUAUCCAUCCCAGGUACACUAUGUAGGGGAAGGUGGAGAGGCUGUUUACACUAAUGGAACAAUUCGCACGGCCUACUACAACCCAGAGGCUCAGUUGUACGGUCAGAGCAGCGGGGGGUCGUACUUUGACUCGCAGGCCGGUGGAGCUCACGUCGCCACCGUUGUCUCCUCUGCCAGUGGUGGGGUGCCGCCUCAUAGCAUGGUGGGCAUUGCCAUGGAUGUAAGCAGCAGCCAUAUCAUCUCCAGCGGCAGCACCUAUUUGAUCCAUGGAGGAAACAUGGAAGGAAACCGCAACCAUAUAUCACACUCCUCUCGCUCCUCUUCAGCCAUGCUUGAAAUGGCGAUUGAAAACCUCCAAAAGUCUGAAGGAAUUGCAAGUCACAAAAGCAGCCUGCUCAACAGCCAUCUUCAGUGGCUGCUGGACAACUACGAAACCGCUGAGGGUGUGAGCCUGCCCCGGUGCUCCCUCUAUAACCAUUACUUGAGGCAUUGCCAGGAACAGAAACUGGAUCCGGUCAACGCAGCCUCCUUUGGCAAGCUCAUUCGCUCCGUCUUCAUGGGUCUCAGGACACGGCGUCUUGGAACCAGAGGCAACUCAAAAUAUCAUUAUUAUGGCAUCCGGGUGAAGCCAGACUCUCCACUAAACCGGCUGCAAGAGGACACCCAGUACAUGGCUAUGAGGCAGCAGCCUGUCCAUCAGAAACAAAGGUUCAAACCUCUGCAGAAGGUGGAUGGAAUGCCUGACAACCUGUGUGUGAACUCUCACUGUAACAACACUCCGGAACAAUCUGUUGCAGCUCAGAGCCAACACCACCAACAGUACAUCGACACAGCCCACAGCUUGCCGGAGUUUCCCGCUCCCAACGUGGGCACUCAGCCUCCACCGGAGCGCAUCAGUAUGAACGACAUCAAGAAGCUGCAGACCCUCUACAGAGACCACUGCGAGGCCACUCUGGAUGUGGUGAUGAACCUCCAGUUCCACUACAUUGAGAAACUCUGGCAGACCUUUUGGUGCUCAACAGCACCAUCAAGUGACGGGAGCACCACCAUCCCCAACAGUGAUGACGAACUGGAGGGUGUGCUGCCGAGAGAGAAGCUGGUAAAUCUGUGUAAAUAUGAACCAGUUCGACUAUGGAUGAGAAGCUGUGAUCACAUCCUCUACCAGGCCUUGGUGGAGAUCCUGAUCCCGGAUGUGCUACGUCCUGUUCCCAGCACUCUCACUCAAGCCAUCAGGAACUUCGCUAAGAGUCUGGAGGGAUGGCUGACGAACGCCAUGACCAGCUUUCCUCAAGAAAUCAUCCGCACUAAGGUGGCGGUGGUCAGUGCCUUUGCGCAGACGCUGAGACGUUACACCAGCCUGAACCACCUGGCCCAGGCAGCGCGCGCCGUCCUCCAGAACACCUCACAGAUCAACCAGAUGCUGUCCGACCUCAACCGGGUCGACUUUGCUAACGUGCAGGAGCAGGCGUCGUGGGUGUGUCAGUGCGACGAGAGCGUGGUUCAGCGUCUGGAGCAGGACUUUAAAGUCACCCUGCAGCAGCAGAGUUCUCUGGACCAGUGGGCCACUUGGCUGGACAAUGUGGUCUCUCUGGUCCUCAAGCCCCACCAGGGCAGCCCAAGCUUCCCCAAGGCAGCGCGGCAGUUUCUGCUUAAAUGGUCCUUCUACAGCUCCAUGGUGAUUAGAGACCUGACUCUGCGCAGCGCUGCCAGUUUUGGUUCCUUCCACCUGAUCCGCCUGCUGUACGACGAGUACAUGUUCUACCUGGUGGAGCACCGCGUGGCUCAGGCAACUGGAGAGACGCCAAUCGCUGUCAUGGGGGAGUUCAGUGACCUGAGUUCCAUGAUGCCUUCACUCAUGGAAAAAGACGUGUCCUUCUCCGACGAGAUGAGCGACCUGGGCAGCGACGCCGACGUGUCCCGGAGCGAGCCGGCCGUCAAGCGGGAGCGCAUCGAAAUGAGCCACCCUCUGCAGGAGAUGUGAGGGCGUUCCGCUCAGCCGGCGGCGCGUCCUCCGCUCAUGUACAUUUGUCCCAGGUCGAUUUGGCGGCAACGUUAACAGCGCUGCCUUUUUUUCUCCUCAGCAGCAAUCUCAACUCACAACACGCAUCUGAAAUUCUCCUUUUGUUUUGUGCAACUGUGAAUGAGUUUGUGCAGUCCAUUUUUCAUGGGGUUUGUAACUUUGUGUGUGCGGUGUUCAUGUGUUUUAAUUCUAUUAUUAUAAUUUUGUUUGUUUGACUUCAAUUAGCUGUGCCAUGGUGUCAUUUGAGUGCCUUAGAUUGCUAACGUGGACCCCAUCACUGCAGAUGUCAGCCUGUCCCUCAGCUGUGCCUCGACCGCACUACGAAUGUAUCGUCUGCAAACCUCAUUCAGAGCACCUUUCACACAGCGAAAGUGGAGGUGUGUGCGUGUGUGUAUUCCUCGUUGCCUCUGCACCUCACAAAAUGAAAAAGAUGAACAUGCAACCGAUGGACCCAAAGGACCUCACCCUCAGAAACUUGGCCAUUGUAGUUUUAUGUGUGAGGGGCCAGAGGGGGUGUGGUUAUCCAAACUACCAACAUGGAACUAGAUCUGCCAACAAGCAAUACUGUGGGGAAAAAACAUUACUAGUAAAAUAGUCGUUCUACUAAUGCGCUGAAUCCUCUUACUUGUGAGGACAAAGAGCAUACUAGUACAUGGACCUUUGGAUGGUUAGCGAAUAAAUGCUCAAACGGCUUUCCAUACAUUCGCAGCAGAUCUAGUCCUGUGUGCCAUUUGGGUAACCGAGGGGUGAGUCACCGCCGUUUACCUCAAUAGAUUUCUCGGGUGUGUUCCAGUGGGCUCAAAUAAUGUAACAGGUAACAGGUUUGAUCCACAAUGGCGUGAGCUGUAAAUAGUUCUCGUGUCCGCCCGCCCGCCCACUGCAGACCUGUCGUAGCAAGUCAGCAUCUUCAGCGGGAUGAAGACCAUCCGGCGCCGAAGAGGCCCAUUUGGGAUUACAGUAGAAUUACAGAGCACCUUUGCGGAGGAUUACCAUUUCACUAAAUUAUAUAUUCAGUAUAUCUUUAUCUGACGUAGAAAAUGUGUGUUCUGUGGCCUCAUUUCUCCUCAUUGUAUCUGAACAAAGUGUUUCGUAACUGACUAGACUGCGUGAGUCAUUUGUUUGACGUAUGAAGAGUAGUUCUUAGUUAGAUGAACUAUUCUUCGUGUUCACUCGAUUCAGUUUUUCACCCCUCCACUCUUGUACUGACUUAUUUAAGGCUUUUUGAAAUAUGUUCCUGUCAGUCAUUUGCCUUCAAGUGCGUUGGAAAAGCUAAUUUCUGGGUGUUGUUUUGAAUGUUUUCGAAGAUCUUUGGCCUAUGAUUCUUCUUUUUUAUUGAACUACAUUUGGGUCCUCUGACAAGUAUACUGAACCCUUAUUUUGUGUCACUUUAAACCUCGACUUUAUUUAGGCCAAGGACACAUGGUGGUUUGGUAAACUGCUUAAUUCAGACGUAUUUUGUACUUGGUCACAAUGUGUAAUAAUAAUAAACUGGUGUUA